GAACUCGGCCGCCUCGAGGUUGGCACAGAAAGCGCGGUGGACCGCGGCAAGUCAAUCAAGUCGUUCUUGAUGUCAUUAUUCCAGGCUGACGACCACCACAGUGUUGAAGGGCUCGACACUUUCAAUGCGUGCUAUGGUGGGACAAAUGCAUUAUUCAGUACCACGAGCUGGCUCCAGAGCAGAGCAUGGAAUGGCAUGUACGGUGUCGUGGUCUGUUCCGACCCG